AUUCAAAGUUUCUUCAAUUUGUUUCAAAGAUGAGUCGCGGUGAACUUAUCAUUGAUGACAAUCAGGUCAAACCGGCUACUACAUCGGGGGAUUGGGCAACUGAAUAUCAAACAACAGUAUAAUGGGCCCUUCUACUUGGGCCGAUGAAUUUACACGUGCUGAGCUCUCAAAUGGACCAGAUCAGUGGGUGAAUGAGUUUUCUACUGAGAGGGAGCUUCAUAGUUCAGGUGAUGAUCAAUGGGUAAAUGAGUUCUCAAAGUUACAUGUUAAUGACUGGGCAGAAGAAUUUGGGCGUCAGGUUGAUGAAGGAGUUUUGGGUGAUGAUUCAGCUGAUAAUUGGGCAACUGCUUAUGAUGACUUUGUCAACGAGCAAGUUGCCAAGAGGCAGUCAGAUGCAUCAAGGGGUGUCUAUGUCUUUUCUGAUAUGAAUCCUUACGUUGGUCACCCUAAUCCCCUAAAAGAAGGCCAGGAACUGUUUCGCAAAGGGCUUUUAAGUGAAGCAGUCCUUGCUUUAGAGGCUGAGGUUCUGAAAAGCCCUGAUAAUGCUGAAGGUUGGAGACUACUUGGGAUCACCCAUGCAGAGAAUGAUGAUGAUCAACAGGUUACUGUACUUUCCUGUUUAGUUUUCUGUUGGAGAAUAAAUCUGUAUCUUUACUGUUAAAUAGAUUUCUCU